AUGAAAUCAGCUGGCAAGGAAUCGCAUUCCUUGCCACUAUCUGAGCACGAGGAACGCCACUUUAGCACUUAUGAAAAGCGGCCUCCUGAAGAUCUGCUUGGGAAGCAAUCUAAGAAGACGCGGACUUACUUCGACUCCGGUGACUUCGCUCUUUCCGCAGCUCAUCGAGUGACCAACCAUGGCUCUAUUCAAACUGGGAGAGCUCAUCCCCAUCGCGAUAGCAUUUCCAAUCCUUUUGCUCCAGUUCCCAGCACCAGCAAUGCCUCCAUGGAUGCCAACGAGGACCUGUAUAGGAAGAAGGACAUGAGUCCUGAGAGAAGAAGUCUUCUCUGCCACGAGACACACGCUGAGCAUGAGGACUCGACAAACAAGGAGGAGCAGGGCGGGGACUACCCUACACACUAA